AUGGCAGCCACAGUUGCACAACUUGUUAAGCUCUCUCUUAUCACCUUCUUUUUAAUCUUCCAUACUUUAUACGUACCAGCCAACACUGCAACAGUCUCCACCAUCACAAAACCAAAAGGCAUUAUCACAAAACUCAUUCACCAUGAUUCAGUUUUGUCUCCUUAUUAUAACCCUAACGCGAGCAUUAGAGAUCUUGUUUCACGCUCAGUGAAGAGCUCUGCGGCACGCUAUGCAUACCUAAAAGCAAAGAGUACUAAUGCUUUCGUGGUAGAUGAUACCCGUGCCCAUCUUGUUCCGGAGAACACUGCAGCACAGUUUAUGGCAAAUUUUUCAUUUGGAGAACCUCCAGUUCCACAGCUUGUAACGAUAGAUACAGGCAGCGACUUAUUGUGGAUUCAAUGCCUGCCUUGCACACAGUGUUUUAAACAAUCCAGUCCCAUAUUUGAUCCUUCCAAGUCCUCCACAUACAAAAUCUUGCCUUGCGGAUCUCCCGAUUGCGUUCUUGAAAAGCCUGCUGAUAAGUGCAAUUUCUUAAACCAAUGCAGGUUCAAUCAAAAAUACUUCGACAACUCGUCUGCUGAAGGACUCAUCGCAACUGAAAAACUCACAUUCCAGACAUCAGACGAAGGGCUUAGCGUCAUCUCCGAUGCUGUUAUCGGCUGUGGACACAUCAAUGUUGCUGCCUACGAAGGACAGAUAAGUGGAGUGCUAGGUCUUGGCGCUUCACAAAUAUCUCUGACAACCAAGCUAGGCUCCAAAUUUUCUUAUUGCAUUGGAAGCAUAAGGGACCCUAACUACCCUCACAACCAAUUGAUCUUGGGUGAGGGUACAAAGACAGAAGGGUCAGCAACCCCUCUUGAAAUGAUUGAUGAACUUUACUAUCUAACCCUGGAGGGCAUCAGCUUAGGCCAGUCCCGCCUCCAAAUUGAUCCAAAAGUUUUCAGCAGAACUGGAUUUACUGGUGGAACAAUCAUCGACUCCGGAACAACAGUAAGCUACUUGGUUAAAGCUGCAUACGAUGUACUAAGUGCUGAAGUGCAAAAACUACUGGACGGAAAAUUAGAACGUGUCCAAGAUCCUGACUCUCCCACAGCUCUUUGCUACAAGGGAACAAUCGACCAAGACCUUGUUGGAUUUCCAGUUGCGACCUUUCACUUGGCAGGAGGGGUUGAUUUGGUUAUGGACAAAGCAAGCUUCUUCGAAGUAGUAAGUGAAAAUGAAGUCUGUAUGGCUGUGCAAAUGGCGGUGGGUGAGGGAGAUAGUUUGAAUGUUAUUGGAAUUCUGGCACAGCAAAAUUAUAAUGUUGCAUAUGACAUAGCAGCAAAGAAGGUUUAUCUCCAAAGUAUUGACUGUGAGCUUCUUGAAUCUUGA